UGUAUUUCAAAUCCAUCCUCUUUGUUCCAUCAUACCCUCCCUUUUUUCUUCCUUCUACACUUCUCUUCAUCAACUUUGCAACUUCUCAACCAAACUCUUUAUGUUUUCUCAUUUUCUUAUACCCUUUUAGAAACUUCUUCAUAAAGUCUUGUUUUUUUUAUUACUACUCUUAUUAUCAAGUACCACAAACUUAGUGUUUCUUGAAUUCUAAGAUUCUUUGACAUGGCUCUGACACAGUUAAACAACACUUACUCAAAAACUCAACUUCACUCAUCAUCACAACUCUCAUUUCUCUCUAGGACUCUUCCAAGGCACCAUCACUGUACUUUAGCACCACUUCGCAGAACUCAACAUGCUAGAAUUUCUUGUUCUGUUGCACCAAAUCAAGUGCAGGUGCCAGCUGUACAGACACAGGAUCCCAAGAAUAAGCCUGAUUGCUAUGGUGUCUUCUGCCUUACCUAUGAUUUGAAGGCUGAGGAGGAGACAAAAUCCUGGAAGAAAUUAAUUACCAUUGCAGUCUCGGGUGCUGCCGGAAUGAUUUCCAAUCAUCUACUUUUCAAGCUUGCAUCUGGUGAAGUUUUUGGUCCAAAUCAACCUGUUGCUCUGAAAUUAUUAGGAUCGGAAAGGUCAUUGCAAGCUCUUGAAGGUGUUGCGAUGGAGUUGGAGGACUCUUUAUUUCCUUUGCUGAGGGAAGUUAUUAUUAGCAUUGAUCCUUAUGAGGUGUUCCAAGAUGCAGAUUGGGCUUUGCUAAUAGGUGCAAAGCCUCGAGGACCUGGAGUGGAGCGUGCUGCUUUGCUAGACAUAAAUGGGCAGAUUUUUGCGGAGCAGGGAAAAGCACUCAAUGCGGUUGCAUCUCGCAAUGUCAAAGUUAUAGUCGUGGGAAACCCUUGCAAUACAAAUGCAUUAAUAUGCUUGAAGAAUGCUCCAAAUAUUCCUGCAAAAAAUUUCCAUGCUUUAACUCGUUUAGAUGAGAACAGGGCAAAAUGUCAGCUAGCCCUGAAGGCAGGUGUCUUCUACGAUAAAGUCUCGAAUAUGACGAUCUGGGGAAACCACUCAACUACUCAGGUCCCUGACUUCUUAAAUGCCAGAAUCGAUGGAUUGCCCGUCAAAGAAGUGAUUAAGGAUCAUAAAUGGUUAGAGGAAGAGUUCACUGAAAAAGUUCAAAAGAGAGGUGGUGUGCUUAUUCAAAAAUGGGGAAGAUCAUCUGCUGCAUCAACUUCUGUGUCUAUAGUUGAUGCCAUACGAUCUUUGAUCACUCCUACUCCCGAGGGUGAUUGGUUUUCUACUGGUGUGUAUACCAGUGGAAAUCCUUAUGGAAUAGCUGAAGAUAUUGUUUUCAGUAUGCCGUGUCGAUCAAAGGGAGAUGGUGAUUAUGAACUUGUCAAGGAUGUUAUAUUUGAUGACUACCUACGACAGAAAUUAGCCAAGACAGAAGCUGAGUUAUUGGCCGAGAAAAAAUGCGUGGCUCACCUAACCGGCGAGGGGAUUGCUGUUUGUGAUCUACCUGGUGAUACCAUGCUCCCAGGAGAAAUGUAACUAGCUAAUCUUCUGAAUGUCAAAGCAGAUACAUGGAAGUAAGAUCAUACCAAUUGAUGUAGAAUAAUGGUUAUGUAAUAAAAGGGGGAAAACAUGGCUAAAUUGCAUUUUUGGACCCAUACGUUUAUUUUAGGUUUCAAGUUGGUCUCUUCGUUUAAAAAGCUUCAAGUUGUUCCUUACGUUAUUGAUGUCAACAUAAGUUCGUCCUUUCCGUCAUAUUUUGAGGUAACUCUGUCGAAAACGUCCAUGUGGCACUCUCAAAGUUAUCCACGUGUGUGUUUCUAUUAGCCACAUGGACUUUUAAAACAGAGAUUUGAUAAUCCAAUCUUAACAACGUAAGGGACCAACUUGAAACUUUCUAAAUGUAGGGGACCAACUUAAAACGUAAAUUAAACGUAAGGACCAAACAUGCAAUUUAGCUGGAAAUACAUUUAUUGAGCAAUAAUAUAAAUUUCAAAACAUUCAUUUGAUUUAAAACCAUAAAGCUCGUCAACAUGUAAUAAGUGGGAUUUUGUAUAACCUAUUUCUAGUUAUGAAGCUUGAGAUGUAUCGUUCUAAAUUAUUGUGUUCUACAAGCUGGAUUUCUGAGUCUUAA